AUGACACAUUUGAUUGAAAUUGAAAGUGAUCAGAUCUUACGGGCCGGAAUGGCAAUGCUUCUUAAGUUGAAAAAAAUUAAUGGAGUUGUUUGGUCUGAAUUUGAGGUGAGGGUUGAUUUUUCAACGACGGAGGAGGAGUGGUUUGACCCGACCCGGGAGCUGGGAAAGCUGGUGGAGAUUGAACAGGGUAAAAAGGAAGUGAGCUUUCUUGAGUUGAAGAUUGAGGAGAAAAACAGAGAGCUUUGUGCUAGAGAGAAGAGGAUAGAGGAGCUUGAGGGGAAGGAGUUGAGAGAGGAGAGAUUGAAAAGUUUAAAUGAGUUGAUUAGGAAAUGUGAUGAGGAGAUGGAGAGUUGGAAUACAUUGGAAGCUAGAGAGAGGAAGAUGAGGGAGUGUAAUGUGGGUUUUGGUUUGUUGAACAAGGAAAUGGAGGAGUGGGGAUGUAGGGUUGAGAUGAAGGAGAGGGAGCUGGAAGGGUGUGUGGUGAAGAUGAUGGAGUCGAGAAUUGAGGAGCUUGAGUUGAUUGAGAAGAGGGUUAAUGAUUGUGUUGGUGAAGUUGGGUUGAGAGUAGAGGGUUUUGAAGAACGUGAGAAAUCGAUGAUGAUGAAAGAGAGACAGCAGUUGGAUGCAAUGCGCGAGGGGGAAAGGAAUUUGGAUUCAGCUCGAAAGGCAGUGAAAGAGAAGGAAAGAGUUUUGGAGACUCUACGCCGGAGACUUGUAGCCUACUGUCAGAUGUACGUUCUACAUGCAUCAUCGGACCCGGCGAAAUUGGUUUUGGAUGCAAUGCAAGGGUUUUAUCCGUCAGAUGUUGAUGUGGAAAACAGAGAUCUUGAGACUGAUCAUUUGCGGGUUGUAAGAAAGGGCUGUAUGAUUUUGGUACGGGAGUUAAAGAGAAUGUCGCCAAUAAUUAAUCCUCAGGUGAGAGAAGAAGCAGUAAAAUUGGCAGCUGAUUGGGAUGAGAAGAUGGCUCAAGGCGCUGAUAAUAGUUGGGAGGCUUCAGGCUUUUUGCGGCUCAUCACUACGUAUCAAUUGACAAGUAAUUAUCAUUUGAGGGAGCUUCGAAUGCUUCUUGAUGAGGUUUCUCAACCAGAUGAAGUUGCUGAGUUGAGUAGGGCACUUGGUAUCAUAGAUACGGCACCUGCUGUGGCAAGUGUCGUUUCUUCCAUAGUCAAGACUGAAAGAUUAGAAUCUUCACUGCCAAGAAAUGAAUCCAUUCUUUCUCCUCCGAAUAAUAAUAUACAGAAUGAAAGGAUUGUUUCUCUUCCUUCGAUUGCCAAAAUUGAGGUACCAGAAUCUUUUGGAACUAUAAAUGCAACAACUCUUUCUUCACCGAAUAGUGCUGAGCAACCAGAAUCUUCUCUUGGUAGAAAUGCAGCAACUCUUUCUUCUCCGAAUACUUCUUUACAGAAAGACUUGUUGGUGGUUCUUCAAUCAUCAGACCCUGCAAAACUUGUGUUGGAUAUGAUGCAGCGGUCUUUUUGGUAUUAUUGGAGUCAUAGAGAUGUUAGUUCCAAAGAAAGGGUUGCAUUGAGUAAUAUUUCUCUAUUGAAGAUUCUAAAGGAACUCUCCAUGCAUGUUGGACUUCAUCUGAAAGAAAAUGCAACAAAUCUAGCCUCCCAGUGGACAGCAAAGUUGAUAGCUGAUACUGAGGAUUCAGUGGAGAGUUUGGGAUAUUUGCUGUUUAUAGCUAUGUAUGGAUUGGUUGGAACCUUACCUGAAGAUGAGAUUAUAAUGCUUCUUAAGGGUUUCACAGCAUAG